CGUGGGUGCCAGCGCUGACGGGCCUCGGCGGACCCCGACCCCCCUCCCCGGCCCCCCUGCCCACCCUGCCGGGGAAGGUGGAAGAUGCCCGUGAAGAAGAAGAGAAAAUCCAGUGGAGUGGCAGCCGCAGUAGCGGAAGACGGAGGCGUCAAGAAGUGUAAAAUCCCCAGCUAUUGCAGAUCCCAGCCUCCUGCUAGACUAAUAACUGGAGAGGAAGAUUUUUCAAGAAAGAAGUGCCUGGCUUGGUUUUAUGAGUAUGCAGGUCCUGAUGAAGUUGUAGGGCCAGAAGGAAUGGAAAAGUUUUGUGAAGACAUUGGUGUUGAACCUGAAAAUAUUAUUAUGUUAGUUUUAGCGUGGAAAUUGGAGGCUGAAAGCAUGGGAUUUUUUACCAAGGAAGAAUGGUUAAAGGGAAUGACUUCAUUACAGUGUGACUGCACAGAAAAGUUACAGAACAAAUUUGACUUUUUGCGCUCACAGUUGAAUGAUAUUUCAUCGUUUAAGAAUAUAUACAGAUAUGCCUUUGAUUUUGCAAGGGAUAAAGAUCAGAGAAGUCUUGAUAUUGAUACUGCUAAAUCUAUGCUAGCUCUUCUGCUUGGAAGGACAUGGCCACUCUUCUCAGUAUUUUAUCAAUACCUGGAGCAAUCAAAGUAUCGAGUUAUGAACAAAGACCAGUGGUACAAUGUGUUAGAGUUCAGCCGCACGGUCCAUGCUGACCUUAGUAACUAUGAUGAAGAUGGUGCCUGGCCUGUUCUUCUUGAUGAAUUUGUUGAGUGGCAAAAAGUCCGUCAAACAUCCUAACAAGAACUAUUGUGGAGAAAAUGCAAACUUUCAGGUUCCCAUGUGUAUGCAAGCUAAUCAGAUGAAGGGAAAAAUAACACAAAGGCUGCAUUUUCACUCAUAUGAAAGACUUCUCAUAGUGCUGUUUUUUUUUUUUUCCUUUUUUUUAAAGGAAGUUUCUUGUUACAUGUGGUGGACAUUGAGCCACACAUCUUCUGAGACUGAAUAUUGACGUUUUUGUUUCGAGUUAUGUUUUUAACAUUUAUUUCAGAACAAUAAAGAUUCAGAUUUGUGACAAAGGCCUUAAAGUGAA